AUUAUAUUUUUCCCAGGGUUAUAAGCAGAAAGAUGUUGCCGUGGUAACCCAGGCCCCUCUUCCCAACACUGUCUUGGACCUCUGGCGUCUGGUUUAUGACUACCAGAUGACCAGCAUCGUCAUGCUGAAUGCAAUGGACCUCAGUGAUUCCAGUUGUCCCCAGUACUGGCCAGAUGAAGGCAGCCAGGACCAUGGUCUGUUCACUGUGACUGUUGCCAAUGUAGUCAAAUUUGACGGUUACAAUGUCAAACUGAUGAAGCUGGAACACCGGCGCCAGAAGAGGUCGCAGUAUUUGAAGCACUACCAAGUAACUGAUUGGCCAGUGAAUCAGGAGAUGCCCAAGUCACCAAGCACGCUGCUCCAUCUCAUCUUGACUGUAGAGAAGGAGAAAGAGAAAGGAAAACACUCACCGAUCCUUGUCCACUGCAUAGACGGCCUAAACCGCAGCGGUGUUUUCUGCGUCCUGAAGAAUUCCCUGGAUAGGCUGCAUCAAGACGACACGGUGGACAUCAUGCAGACCACCAAGGUCUUGCGACUGAAUCGCCCCAACAUGCUCAACGACCUGAACCUUUACCGUUUCUGCUACGACGCCAUGCUGGCCUACGUGAGUAAUCCCGACGAGUUCAGGGUAGACAUCAUGCCGCAACCAGUCUAUGAAAAUAUGCCCGCCAAGCAAGAGGAGAAGGCAACACCAGAGGAGAGCAUCUACCAGAAUGUAGAGAAGCCUCCAGAAUCCAGCGAGGCUUGAAGGUGAAACAUGCUGACAAAGCCAGAGGGGGAAUGGGAGAGAUACAGUCUGUGGGAGGGGGAUG